ACAAACCAGCGUGGGACAAAACGGAAGUGACGUCAGCGUCAACACGAGCGAUCACAACGGCUCUGGUUUUUGUUGGCUUUAGUGGCCUAUUUCUGUUUUUUUUUUACGAGGCUAAUCGGUUUAUUGUGAAGCGGAAACGAUUUGCGAGAAGAAUGGCGGCAGACUGGUUGGGCAGUGUGGUCUCUAUAAACUGUGGAGCAACGCUGGGAGUUUACCAGGGAGAGGUGUCGUCUGUAGAUCGGACCGGUCAAACUAUCUCUCUAAAACAACCUUACCACAAUGGAGUCAGGUGUCCUGUUCCUGAGGUCACGUUCAGUGCCAUGGAUAUCAAGGAAUUAAAGUUCCUAGAUAUUCAUAAUAGAGCCCCCAGCAAAGCCGGCUCUGGAGAGGGGAACCCAGCAGAACCCAGCUCCGUCUCUGGAGGACAGCAGGUCCAGAGUAACAGAACAACUCAGACUCAUGCAGCAAACAGCAGGUUUCCUUCUAGCUCCGCCCCCAUCUCCAUCCCACACAGAGGUGCAUCAAACAGCAGAGGGAUGGCGGAGAGGAGGAAUGGCGUGAGGACCAGAGGACCAGUGCGGUCCAAGGAUGACGAGUGCUUCGGCGAUGGGACCAACGAGAACCUGGACACUGACUUUGACUUUGAGGGGAAUUUGGCUCUGUUCGACAAGGCCGCCGUCUUCUCCCAGAUCGAUGGAAUCAGCGACCACAGAGAUCAGCAUCACAGCACUCAGGUGGAGCAGAAAGCACAGUCCUAUCGCCAUGACGAAAACAUCCUGCAGGCCAAGCCGGUCAUAUACAGACAGAUAACUGUGCCUCAGAGCGGGGGGAAAGAGUACUGUACUGAUUCAGGCCUGGUGGUUCCCAGCAUUCCCUACAGGCUGCACAAGCGUCUGUUAGAGGCUGCCGAGCGCUGGGGUCUGAGUCCGGAGCGCCGGCUGGAGACCAUCGGCGUUUGUUCCAGCCAGAUGGCUCUCUCGCUGCUCGGUGGACCCAACAGACUCACACCAAAAAACGCCCACCAGAGGCCAUCAGUGGUCCUCCUGUGUGGGCCGCACAUCCAGGGGGCCCAGGGCAUCAGCUGUGGCAGACACCUGGCCAACCAUGAGGUGGAAGUCAUUUUGCUCCUGCCCAGCUUUGCCAGGAUGGAGGAGGUGUUGACCAGGGAGGUGUGUCUUUAUGGCAGAACGAGUGGUCUGCAGGUGGCUGACGUCAGAGAUCUUCCAGAGAGUCCGGUCGAUCUGGUCAUUAACUGCCUGGACAGCCACGAGAACCCGCAGCUGAGGGAUCAGAACUGGUACCAGUCAGCUGCUGACUGGGCCAACGGGAACCGGGCUCCGGUCCUCAGCAUCGACCCUCCGGUCCGCGAGCGUCCUCAGACCGUGGAGGCCAAGUGGACGCUGUCUUUAGGUCUCCCUCUCGCUGCGGCGGAGGACGAGAGCAGACUCUAUCUGUGUGACAUCGGCAUUCCCAGGCUGGUUUACUCAGAACUCGGGAUCAACUACCACUCGCCCUUCGGAUGUAAAUUUGUUAUUCCGCUGCACCCAGCGUAGGGAAUAACGGAGUGGCUAAACGAACACACUGGGACUCCGGAGGCUUUCGACACAUUCCAGACUUGUUUCCUCCAUCUCAAACCUUUCAUUCCCGAAGCUCAACGUCCUUCCUGUUUCCUUUAGUUCCGACCCGUCAGCUGGUGUUACAGCCAGUAAUCCUUCCCAGUUUCUGCUGAUGUCAUUUCAUCUGAGUACAUUUGGCUCCUCUGGGCUUCUGUCAAGUGCUGCAGCGUCACACUAAAUCUAUUUAUUUAUUUAUUGGGACCUCUCAGGAACAGCGUGUGGAUAAAUCUAAAUCCUGUUUGUAGCUCAGUUUCCCUGCUGGUGCUGUUUGAAACGCUGAAUAUAGAAACAAGUCAGAUUUUCCUUAAAAUGUUCUUUGUUUUUCAUUUCUUAAGGAACGUGGAGCACACAGACUGUAGAUUCAUCUUCUGUUAUUAGAAUGUAGAGAAACUUUAAAUAAACAUGCUUUUUUUAUUAUUUUAUUUGUAACCAGAGUGUUUUAGAAAGGGGGUUGACCGAUAUUGUUUUUCUAUUGCCGAUACCGAUGCUGAAAUGUAGGAGACACAGUCAGCCGACGGCCGAUAUCGAGACGUUUUCUACCUUAUUUUCAUGCUAAACAUCAGUUGAUGCACAAAAUUUCUGAAGCUGAAUUAGUUUUUGAACUUUGGGCACUGCCCAGCGUUCAAGUCAAACACCUAAUUAAAGUUAAUUUUGAGUAUGUAUUAUGUGGAUGUUAUUAGUGAAAGUAAAAAACAUUUAAAUGGUAUUCUGCAACAGCACCGGGCUGCCCGAGGAUGCGCCUGCCUGAUGUUAUGUUAUGUUGAUGUAAAAAAUAUUAAAUAUUGGCCUGACA